AUGCAUCAGCGUUGUGAGAAUGACCGUAAAUGUUACAGAUGUGGUCGUCUCUGCAGGAUCACAGAGAUGGAAUCCCACAGCUUCUCCGUCCUCAUCAACCUGCGUUUCUUGGACCUCAGUGGGAACCAGCUGGCACUCAUCCAUCCUGAGGCUCUCAGCAUACCUGGCAGUCCCCUUCAGGAGCUCAACCUGAGCCGCUCGCUGUACAACUUCACUGCCGUGACAGAUCUCACCACAGCCCUGCGCUGGGGCGGCCUCAGGGGGCUCCUCCGCCUUGACCUGUCAGGAAACCACCUUGCUCUACUUCCCCCAGGGAUGUUCUCCCACCUUCCCAACCUGCAUCAGCUCUUCCUCACCAACAACUCUUUGGUAACCAUCUAUAGUGGGACCUUCUCUGGCCUGAACCAUCUGCAGGUGCUAGACCUGACACACAAUGCCUUCAAGACAUUUGGUGCCGAUUCUCUACAAGAGCUGGAGAUGCUUGGCAACAUCCGCAUCCUUCUUGGUAACAAUCCUUUCACUUGCACCUGUGAAAUCCGUGAUUUUGUUAUUUGGCAGAAUGAAUCAAGAGCUCAGCUGGACGUGGAUGCUGUGAGAUGUGCCACACCAGGAGUGGUAUCCAACGCCCAGCUGCGAGGACUCAGUGACCAGGCCAUCGGGUGUGUUGUUCCAGUUCAAGCAGAGGUGGCCGACCUCACUCUGCAGACGUCCUACGUGUUCCUGGGUCUGGUGCUGGGGUGUGUGGGCAUAGUCUUUCUUCUUGUGCUUUACCUGAAUCGCAAAGGAAUGAAGAAGUGGAUUAUUGAAAUGAGAGAUGCAUGUCGAGAUGUCCUGGAGGGAUAUCACUACCGAUAUGAGAUUGACUCGGACCCCAGGCUGGGCCACAUCCCGGCAGACAACAGUGGCAGCAGAGCACAAGGGCAUUUAAGUGACUGCAGUGAAAGUGGGUAACACCAUGUUACACAGACUCACAUUUUUCUCCAGGUGAGGCAGCUCGACUAUUUCCAAUACACAGACUGUGUGAUUAAGUGUUUCCACAGAGGGAAAAAUAGGGCAGAAUGAACGAUAUUUGGAAAUACACCUGCUGGCUCUGCAGCUGUGCACCUCCCUGAGCCUGUCAGACCCACAGUGUGUGUGUGUACUUGUAUUUGUUAUCUCUUUCGGACCGAUUCUGACUGACUUAUCAGGACCAGUAGUCCUCAUGGAGACUAAAAGAUGAGGACUAAGAUUUAAAAUGUGGUUCUGCAAUGUAGUGUCCUAGGAACAGCUGCACAAACCUGUGUGUGAGAAUGUGUGUUUACAGCAUGUGCAAAAAUCCAAUUAUUGCCAGACAAAAGUGCAGAAUUUCAUCAUUUGUUAUGUUGCAUCACACCCAUACUGGAUAAAAUGUGGCUAUGAAAAGCUCAGACUUUCUUGAUUAGAUUUUCACUACUUUUCUUCUUCUGCUCCAUUACAUCUCAUCUUUUGUUGACUUCUGCUUGUCAACAUUAUGUUAUUUUCAACUGUUUGAUGACAUGAAAAACUAUUAAUCUUUCAGGCAUCAUAAAAAUAUCAACUUCCCUUCAGAUGUCACACAAUAAAGGAUAUGAAGAAAAAUACAUGAUUAUUUUGGUUUUGUUGAUCUAAUUUCAUUUAAACUAUAUGGAUGCUGGGUUUUCUUAAUGGGAGCUUAGGUACAGGUAUUUGUUAUUGUUAUUUUUUUUUUUUUUUUCAUUUGAAAGUCCAUGGCACUAUGGCAAGCAGUUUUAACAUAUAAUCGGUAGACAGGAUAUUUACUACCAAUAUUUGCAACGUCAUUCUUAUCAGUCAGUAUG